AUGGAUUCCAAACUAGAUCUGGAGUCGUCGCGCGGCUACGCAACCUCAGAUGCAAAGCCAAAACCUCACUCUUCUCUGGCGCGCAACAUGGGCAGCGUGCUUCUGACCUUUGUUCUUGCGUGCUUUUUGGUCACUCUGACCAAUGCGCGCCGAUGCACUCACCCACAACCCGCACAGUCGCGAGUGGACAAAAUCCUGUCGGAGACCCCGUUGAUAGACGGCCACGAUGAUCUACCCAUCUUCAUCCGCGAAGUUUUCGGAAAUCACAUCUACAGCGAUGAUUUCAAAAUCCCCUUCACCGAGGGCAACCUGCGGGGGCACGUCGAUUUGCCACGGCUCGCUGAGGGCAAAGUAGGCGGCACCUUCUGGAGUGUCUUUGUAGAGUGUCCGAAGAAUUGGAGCGAUUUCUCCGACGCAACUUAUGCAACGAGUGUCCGCCAGACUAUCGAACAGGUAGAUGUCAUGUUGCGCCUGCAACAGGCUUACCCCAAUGUCUUUUCUGAGCCACCCAAUGGCACGACUGCCCUUCAAGCCUUCAAGGAGGGAAAGAUCAUUUCCCCGCUUGGGAUGGAGGGCCUUCACUCGAUCGGAAAUUCCCUAGCUCACUUGCGAAACUUCUAUGAUCGCGGCGUGGCAUAUGCAACUCUCACUCAUAAUUGCCACAAUCGCUAUGCUGAUGCAGCGCUUGUCGAAAUACCCGGCGGCAUCAAGAAGGCAGACCCGGUCUGGCACGGAGUGAGCGAGGCCGGUAAGGAUCUUGUCUUCGAGAUGAACAGGCUUGGCAUGAUAGUCGACCUGUCUCACGUUAGUGUGGACACUAUGCGGGAUGUCUUGGGCGCUGGAAAAGACGAUUGGGCUGGUAGCCGCGCUCCUGUGAUGUUCAGUCACAGCUCUGCGUACGCAGUCUGCCCUCAUCCCCGCAACGUCCCGGAUGAUGUUCUGGAGCUGGUCAAAACCCGUAACUCAAUUGUGAUGGUCAACUUCUCCCCAGACUUUAUUUCGUGUACUGCUUCUGACGAUCUGAAUGGCCUGCCUGAGUUUGAUCCCGAGCAUGCAACUCUGGAGCACGUGGUGGACCACAUCAUGUACAUUGGGAACUUGAUCGGAUUCGAUCAUGUUGGAUUGGGAAGCGAUUUUGACGGUAUACCUACUGUUCCACGCGGUCUUGAGGAUGUGUCUAAGUAUCCGGAUUUGAUCGCUGAGCUGUUGAGACGCGGAGUUAGUGACGAGGAUGCAGGCAAAGUUGCUGGCGGGAACCUGCUGCGGGUGUGGAGAGAUGUGGAUCAGGUUGCCCUUCAGAUGCAGGCGGAGGGGGCGCUCCCGGUUGAGGAUGAGUUGUCCUGA